AUGGCGACCUCCCUCGCCGUCCCCGUCGCGUACAUCACCGUCCUCGUGACGGCCCUCGCCAUCUUCUCACGGGUCUACCGGAAGAGAAAAGCUGCCGAGAAGCGCGCAUACGAAGCAUGGUUCCCCUCCCACCCCACCCGGGACAUCUACAUGACCCUCCUAUCCUGCUCCUCGCCCGUACCCGACUCGCUCCUCAAAUCCGCCCUCCUCACGCGCGCCUCGGCAGACGUCAAGCGUAUCUGGCGCCUCCGGGAGGACAAGAUGGCCUUAACAAAUCUGCAUCAGCGCGGACUGCUAGGUGAUGAGACGCUGCAGCGGUUCGAGGCGGCCGAGAAGGAGCUGGAGGCGGAGAUUGUGGAUGUGGUGCAGGAGGCGAAUACGUUCCGGCAGGGAUGGGGAGGGUUGAUCUUUGCGACGGCGACGGAGAUGGCGCAGGCGGAGAGGACGAGGGAGAUUGUCAUGGACGUUGGGAAGGUCAAGGCGCAGGAG